AUCAAAAAUGGCGGCUGAAGUACAGAAAGAGAAGGAGAAAGAAAUGAAGAACAAAGAAAAAGCACGGCAAUACUCCCAAGAAUUACUAAAACAAAUCGAAGAGAAUUCUAGAAGGAGAAAACAAGAGAAGGAGCUGGAAGAAAGUAGAGCACAAUAUGUUUGGGACUGCGGCACAUCUUGGCGCAAAGAAGUGAACGAAGAGCGUAAGAAGAUUAUCACAGAACACGCACCGCACCUGAUCGGCUACCUCCAAGCGGGAGUCAUCGCUAAGGAAGAUCUGGCGGCCGUCCGGGAGGGCGCGGACCGGCACCAGCACUUGGCGCCCCUGGACAUCGAGUCCAUGGCGACGUCGAGGCGCCCGCACCGAUACUCCAAAUGCAACCAGCAGUGCAGGGUCUUGAGAGAAUACUAAUUAACUAUACUAGAUUGUUUACUGGUGGUAGGACCUUUGAGUGUCCACGCGGGUAGGUACCACCACCCCGCCCAUUUCUGCCGUGGAGCAUGCGUUUCGGUUUGAAGAGUGG